AACGAUACAUCAAGGGCAAGGAAGUCGCCAUCUUGAAAAGUCGGAUGAAAAUCUUGCCGGUUUCUUGAUGUUUAUUAUGUAUUCCCGGCUAGCUCUUCGUUCAGGGAGUCUGGCUGCAGCACUUACACGACAGAAUGCUGUAGUAACGUUUGUCCCAAGAGCCUCUGCAGCAACUGAUGCAGUCACUAAGAAGGAAGAUGGAGAGCGAGAUCUUGUUAAUUUUCCACGCCCAGCCAGACUGGUGGAGCCAGGCAAAGUGAGACUCGGUUUCAUACCGGAUGAAUGGUUUACAUUUUUCCACAACAAAACUGGUGUCACAGGCCCGUAUUUGUUCGGCAUUGGUUUGAGUACUUUCCUUGUAUCGAAGGAGUUCUAUGUUAUGGAACACGAAUAUGUUACCGGCCUCUCUAUUCUUCUCAUGAUCAUAUUUGCUACCAAGAAGUUUGGACCUGGUGUGGCAAAGGCUGUGGAUUCAGAAAUUGAUAAAAUUGAAGAGGGAUGGCAAGCCUACAGAAAUGGUGCGAUUAACGGAAUCGGAGAAAACAUAAAGAACGAGGAACUGGCACAAUGGCAGGCAGUGGGACAGAAGUGGCUUUUUGAGGCUAAGAAGGAGAACGUUGCCCUGCAGCUGGAGGCAGCAUACCGCGAGCGCAUGUACGUCGCCUACCAGGACGUGAAGAGGCGUCUCGACUACCAACUCGUCUCGCAGCUCGCCGAAGCCCGGCUCAAGCAGAAGCACAUGGCCAACUGGAUCGUGGACAACGUCGUGAAGUCCAUCACGCCACAGCAGGAGAAGGAGAGCAUCACAAACUGCAUCAGCGAACUGAAGAGGCUUUCUGCCGACGCAAAGGUUGGCAUUGCAUAAUGGCUGCAGCAUCGGCGACGCAAGGCGGUGAACUAAGUAUUUAUCCCUCGUGGGUGCUGACAUUUGUUAUGUAAAUUUAAAUAGGCUCACCCGUAAAACAGCACUGAAUAGGCAAAUGAAAAGCGAGCUACCGGUGUGUUUGUAAAUCUGGCAAUUGUAUCGAUACUAGUAUCCAUCGCUGGAUGACAGCUUCACUUCUGGUGAAAAUCUGCGAUACAUUCUUUGUAACACCUUUCCUGGUGACAUAACCAAAUCAGAUGCAGGUAAUAAAUAGAAACGUGUUAUAGUUAAUACAA